CGCCCGUCACCAUCCACUUCGUCAUCCCACACCCUACACAACGACUUUUGCUCUGCCAUCCCUGCCGAAUCCCCAACACGACAGUCUCUGAUCUACCAAAACGCAUACCCCUCUCUCCGCGCCCUGCAGAGCGACGCCGACAUUGGCGACGGCCUCUGGCGCUGCUGUCGCUGUCUGCACGAAAACAUCCUCACACACUACAAGGGCCCCUUUCCUUUUGACCGUCUCUGCUGCCCCCGCUGCACACACAUUCUAUGUCACACCUGCCACUCGUCGGAGAUUCUGUCGCCUCUUCCGCGUCACGUGACGCUCGUCGACCCGCCUGAUGCACACGCUCCAGUCCGCUACUUGCAUGUUUGCACUCACUGUGGAUUGAGCCGCCGGGCAGUGGUGCAAGGAAAUGCCCUAGUCUUUUGCCAUGGGCCGUGUUCUGACUGUGGGACCAACGUGAAUGGAGAGUGGGCGAGGUAUUGGAUUGGGAGUAAAGAGGCGUAUAGGAGGGAUCCCAAUCAGACUUUUGUGCGCCUGGUGGAUAAGAGGGCGGAUGAGGCGACACGCCAGGCAAGGAAAAGGCAGCGGCUGGCGGAGAAGCUCAAGGGGUAGGAUUACGGGGGCAUGUAGAAUAGCUCCCGUGUUGUAGAAUUAUCCAUGGUUGCGCCAUGACUUGACACGACAAUAGUCAUGUGUGCAUAUGUAUAGCUAAAGUAGAGGAGAGCCUAGGCAGAGAGCUCAGGGUAACUAUGCAGAGUCCUUUGUGCUUAUACCCCUUGUUCAAUUUG